AUGAGUGUUGAAAUUCCUGAUAUUCCUUAUGUAAAUAAUGAAGUAGAUCUUGAUAGAAUGGUUAAACCAUUACAACUUUGGAUGAGACAAAUGAAUAAAAAGAAAUGGCAAUUUGAAGCAUCCCCAGAUGGUGUAUUACAAUAUAGUGUUUUACCAAAUGAAAAUAAUCAACGAUUUGCCCGUUAUGUAAUUUUUAUAAAAAAACCAAAAAGAUUUGUUGUUGAGUCUCUUUUUGAUAUUCCUCUUAUGAAAUCAUUAGAACCAAAUAUUACUGAAAUGAAAACAUUACUUCAAAGUGAUGAUUCUUAUUUAAAUUAUGAAAUUCAACAACUUCCUUAUGGAAGUUUAAUUACACCUCGUGAUUUUUUAUUUGUUCAAACAAAUUAUAAAUUUGAAGGAGAUCAAUACAUUGUUAUUUCUAGUGUAAAUAGUGAAAAACAAAAUACUUACAAUGAAAAGUUAGUGAGGGGUUAUAAAAAAAUAGGAAUUAGAGUAUAUGAUGAAGUCCCAAAUGAAUCAACAAAUAUUGAAGUUAUUGUAUGUGCUGAUCUUAGAGGAUGGGUUGUUGGUUAUGUAGUUACUAAAUUUCUUUAUCAACAAGUAGAACCAUUCAUUUUGUUAAAAUAUCAACUUGAAAAGGAUGAACAAGAAGCAGAAGCAAAACGAAAUGCAGAAGAAGAAGAACGAAAAAGGAAAGAGAUAGAACAAAAAGCGUUUGAACUUAAACAGCAAGAAGAAGAAAGACUCAAACAAGAAGAGGUUGCACGACUAAAGAGAGAAGAAGAGAAAGUUAAACAGAAAGAAGAAUUAGAAAAAAAAAAGAAAGAAGAAUUAGAAAAAAAAAAGGAAGAAGAAAUUAAGAAGAAGAGUGAUACAGAGGAUAAGCUAAAGAAACAACAAGAAGAAGAAAAACGUAAAGAGGAAGAAGCAAAGAAAAAGAAAGAGGAAGAAAUAAAGAAAAAGAAAGAAGAAGAAAUAAAGAAAAAGAAAGAAGAAGAAGAACGAAAGAAGAAAGAGGAAGAGAAGAAAAAAGCAGAAAAAGAGAAAAGAAAAAAACAAGAAUUAAAAGAAAAAGAGAAAAGAAAAAAGAAAAGGAAAAAGAAAAGGAAAAAAGAAAAGGAAAAAGAAAAAGAGAAAAAAGAGGAAGAAAAGAAAAAGAAAGAAAAAGAAAAACAGAAAGCAAAAAAAUAA